AUGGACUUUUCACAUCUACACACAUACACUCUACGCCAGUGUCUGCCACAGAACACUGGCUAUACAUAUGCACUCAGGGCAUUCCAGAAGCAGGUGGAGGUAGCCAAAGCAAGUGAGGAUGAUGCACGUAGUCAGAUUUUGACUAUACUUAUAAAGCUAGAACUAGAGUUGUCCCAGAUAAAAUCAGAGGUGUCAGCUAUGGUCUUCCACUGGCUUACAUCCGAUUUUGUGACAAAAGCUGAUCAUCAGACUGAACUGCAGAAAGUGGAGAGUCAGACCCUCGGCGCUAUUCGUGUACACUUGUCUGAAUUAGAAGAAAAACUAACAUCUAAAUUCCAAGUACAGACUAUUGUAAACAAGGCACUGAAACUCUACUCUGAAGACAGGACUGGUCUGGUGGAUUUUGCCUUGGAAUCUGGAGGUGGCAGCAUUCUGAGUACUCGCUGUACUGAAACCUACAAUGCCAGAAAAGCAGUGGUUAGCCUCUUGGGAAUUCCUCUGUGGCACGUCACUCAGUCUCCCAGAGUGGUGAUUCAGUGUGCCACAGUAAUUACAUUUCACGCUGCCGCUUUUUGUCUUCCAGGGAGGGCAGCUUCUGGCAUGUUCAACCUGCUUAGAACCACGUGGCACCAACUUGCUACUCUCAUGUCUUUGCUCAAGGUGUUUCUUCUUGGAAGAUGCCCUCCAAAGGCUUACAAGCUGUUGCUGGUCGUUAUCCCACUCCUGUUUCUACUGGGUAUAUGGUUCUGGGGGUUUAAUGGCAUCACGUCAUUAUUAGCUUCACUGAACUGGACAAGAAAUGAUAGGCUGCAGGGAAUACCUGACCAGGAGGAUGAUUCUAUUAACUCCGUUCAACCUCCAAAGGAUACCAUAAGCAUCUUUUAUUCUGGUUCUGGAAGUGAGCUGAAAAGGAAAUGGCCUUUGUGUCUGACAAAUGCCAUCACCACGACAAAGAUGUUUCUACUCCAUAAUCUUCAAGAUGCUUCUACUGAUUUCCUGGCUUUACAUCAAGAACACGAGUUGCGCAUUCUGAAGCUGGAAGACCAUCUUGAAAAACUCUCAGCUGAAUCCAAGGGCAUCCAGAAGCAGCUGGAGAUAGCCAAAGCAAGAGAGGAUGAUGCACACAGUCAAAUUUUGACUAUACUUAAAAAGCUAGAACUAGAGUUGUCCCAGAUAAAAUCAGAGGUGUCAGCUAUGGUAGAUGCACAGGUCAAAGAAUCUGUCAAGCUGAUGCUUUUUGGUGAUGGACAAGAAGUGUUUCCCGAACAGGUCUUCCACUGGCUUACAUCCGAUUUUGUGACAAAAGCUGAUCAUCAGACUGAACUGCAGAAAGUGGAGAGUCAGACCCUUGGUGCUAUUCGUGUACACUUGUCUGAAUUAGAAGAAAAACUAACAUCUAAAUUCGGAAUUAAUGCUGUGACCAAUGCAAGGAUCACGGAAGAGCAAGUACAGACUAUUGUAAACAAGGCACUGAAACUCUACUCUGAAGACAGGACUGGUCUGGUGGAUUUUGCCUUGGAAUCUGGAGGUGGCAGCAUUCUGAGUACUCGCUGUACUGAAACCUACAAUGCCAGAAAAGCAGUGGUUAGCCUCUUGGGAAUUCCUCUGUGGCACGUCACUCAGUCUCCCAGAGUGGUGAUUCAGCCCGAUGUGAAUCCAGGAAACUGCUGGGCUUUCAAAGGAUCACAGGGAUAUCUUGUAAUCAGACUUUCAAUGAGGAUCUAUCCAACUGGCUUCACAAUGGAACAUAUACCAAAAACACUUUCACCAACAGGAACUAUCACCAGUGCUCCCAGGAAGUUUUUAGUAUAUGGUCUAGAUGAUGAAUAUCAAGAAAGUGGCACGCUUCUAGGACAUUAUGUGUAUGAUCAAGAAGGAGAACCACUGCAGAUGUUUCCAGUGAUGAUGAACCAUCAAAAUGCAUUCCAACUAGUGGAACUGAAAGUUCUUUCCAACUGGGGAAAUGAAGACUAUACGUGCCUUUAUAGAUUCCGAGUGCAUGGGAAUGUUGCCCAAUAACCUCCUGCACCACAUCUGUUUUCAUGUUAAAGGUUACACACUGAAGAUUAGAAUUCUUUUGUUUAUUAGAACUUAGGUAGCAAACAUAGGAAUAUUUACAAUAAAACAUAAAAGGAUUUUGUACAGUG